UAUAACUUGUAAAUUGCUAUUCAUGCACAAAUCUUGUAAUUUAAUCUAUCGUGACUACGCUCCCAGGGAUAACUUUCAUUGGAAAUUGUCACCGGGAAGCUGUUAUUAUGAAGGCGUAGGUGAUAGGAGAUAGAUACGGAUUUAAAUCGGUGUAGAUGAAUGAAAUGUGAAAAUUUAUUCAUGCAAAAUUGAAGCAUGUUACGAGAAUGUGAGCCCGCGAAGACGGACGAAUAGCCAGACUCAGAGCCCAGAGGGCCGGUGUACCCUUGCGCAAAUCUUCUGAAUGUGACGUGAGUAGGGGAAAGACUUGCACUUGCAUGUUCAUCCCCUCUUUGGACCAGGUACUGCUGCAAGGUGUAAAGUCGACUUGAAAGCAGGAAUCGUGGAGAAGACGGAACACUAAGAAGGAAAUUCGCCUCUCGCCACCCCCGACACCGGUUUUGUGACAGUUCAGAAACGGUUUUCCAUUUCCAACACGUGUGUGACUCAGUCAGAAAUAUGUUUUGCAUCAAAAUUUAUCGCCUUUUCUUCUUCCUCGCUUUUAUGAAGGUCGUGAAAUCCCUCAGUGGUGAAGAGUUUAAAUGCGGCAGCAGUCUGGACUGUCCCAAGGGCACAUAUUGCUAUAAGGAAAAUGCACUUUACAAAUGUGCACCAUGCUCAAACUGCAUACGCUUCUUUAGGAAAAAUUCUACGAUUGACGACUGCCCUCAAAGGCCGGAACAAUGUGGUGAAUGCAUUGCCGGGACUUUUAGCAACCCGUCUCUGAGACUGGAGCCUCCAAUCUGUCAUGUUAUGUUUUCUUGUUAUGAUUAAAUUUAGUUGUCAAAUAUUUGAGAGGAGGUGAUUCGGUGGCUGCCUUAACAAUAAAAACAAAGGCUUCAUCAUAAUUCUGCUAUCAUUCACCCAAGCUUAUAGAUGGCUCAGAACCAAACACUUGUAUAUCAAUUAGUUCGGAAAUAAUACAACCGAUGGAAGACAUCAACAAAUCACUACCUCCUGAUAUACAAACAGAAAAAGGUUUUGGAAAUCCAUAUUUAUGGGUAGCACUUCUUGGCAUUAUUUGCAUUGUUUCUUUAGCAGUAGCAGCAUUCUAUGCAAGAAGAAAAUGUAACAGAUGUAAUACCAAGGGAUCCAUGCCAAUAAUUAGUGAAACAGAGAGAUUUUGCAUUUCACCAAGUGCGCCUCCUCCACCGUAUCAUACUGCAUCAGAACAUACAAGCCACAAUAUUGAACACGAGGCUAAACCUAUAUCUAAUCUUCCAUUUAGCAGUGAUAUAGAAAUCAACACUACUGGUGGUGUGAGACAUCAGAUCGAUUGUGAAUUUGACAAGAGGCAAAAGGCCAAUUGUUAUAAAUUCCCAUAUUAUGUCAACGAAGGAUCAUUGGCACCUGAACAAGGGGAACAUAUAAUGGCUGCUCCUCGAGAGGAAGAACACUUACCGGAAACCUUUGAUGACACCACUCAACCUAGUACAUGGCGACCUGUUGCCGAUUGUAGGCACCUAAACAAGGCGAGGAGAAAAGAAUAUCAUGGGGGAGAAUUAAACACUAAAAUUUUAUCUACAGACAUAGGAGAUGAAACUGAACAACAGGAAGAGGGCGAAAACCCAGCAGGAAAUUCUGGUUGUGAAGAAAUAAGGCAGUUUGCCAUGAUCUCUGCAGAACGUCCUAAUAUCUCUUCCUCACCCGACAUAUCCAGUUCGUCUAACAAUACCACGAACAUGGGUGUUCAGAAUUUCAGCACCGAGCCAAAACAUAAAAAACGCAGGACAGGAGAAUAUUCAGAAAUGAACAGUUUUAAUUUGAAUAUUUUCAUAAACAAUUCUAAUGCCAAUGUAAACGAGAACAACAGUAAUAUGUAAGAGAAUGUGUCAUACGGUUAAAUGGUUUUUUUGUUGUUGUGUAAAGGUAACUUGUACAAGAUUUGUUUUUCAUAAGUGAUAUAUUUUUAAAUGGCUAUGUUCCAUUUAAAAAAACAAAUUUUCCCUAAAAAUAUAUGAUCAUUUGUUAAUGAGAAUAAAUCCAAAUUAUUUGGACUUGCUAUUUUAUGGUUAAGAAUCAAUAGAUGGCUCAGUGCUUAUAAUCAUAUAUAUUUUAUCAUUUAAUUUUUAAUUAUAUAAAUUUGUGUUCAAUUUUUAUUAUGUGAAAGUGAUAAAUUACUAAUUGUUCACCUGGAAGUCCAGUAAAAAUAAAAUUAUGUAUAUAUUUAGAGAAUCUUCAUAAUUUGAUAUGAAAUUGUUACCUCAUAUAUUUCAAUGUGUUUAGUACUGUUACAAAAAAUUUAGUUAGUACAAUUUCCAAAAAAAAAAUGUCAAAGACAUUGAUUUUUUUCUUUUAUUAAUUUCAUUGUACCAGCAUUCUAUGUCAUUACCAUUAAUUUUUUAGCUUUAUUUUGAGAUUUUUAAAAACUCGAUUGUUUAGGUUCUACUCUUUCAUCUCUUUUCUCAUCACAUUGAGUGUACGUCUAUUACAUAAGAAAAAUAUUAUUCCAUUUGUAAUUCAUACUUUAUUUUCAUAUUCGAUUUUUGAAAUUUUAGUUUGUUUUUGUGCUUUUUUAAAUAUUAUGUCAAAGUUUGGCACUUUCAUGAUCUCAAAAAUGUAAUAAAAUGUACAUUAAAUGAAAAUAUAUGCAUGUAUAUAAUUGUGAAUAGUCAGCCAAUAAAAUGUUUUUAUCGACAAA